AUGGAAAUGGAAUGGGUCGAUCCACCACAUAGUGCCUUUCCUCUCUUGGAGGAAUUACGACUCGCCUUCCUCCUCAACCUGGAAGCAGUAUGCCAUGGCCCAAUUCCGAUGGGGUGUUUUGCCAACUUAAGAGUUCAGAUAAUAGAGGAAUGUAACAGCUUGAAAUAUAUCAUAUGGCCUCCUACAACACAAGCAAGGGAAUCAGUACAAGUGUUUCCUCAACUGGUAUCCUUGAAACUGGAACGUCUGCCAAAUCUCAUUAACUUCUACUCCACAGGAACCAGUGACAGCCAGGAGCCAGGCAGCUCUUUUUUCAAUCAGAUUGCACUCUCCGAGUUGGAGUCCUUACAUUUGAAUCCAAUGGAUAAUGUCAGAACAGUGUGGGACAACCAAGAUCCUAACACAUUUCCUAACGUGGAGGAGCUGAACUUGGUCUUCAAGGGCCCCGUGGAGAUAUGGUGUGGCCAAUUUUCAAGGGAGUCAUUUGGCAAACUAAGAGUUUUGGAGAUAGAAGCGUGUCAUGAUAUUUCGCUUGUGAUCCCACAUACUAUAGAGCAGCUCAUCGUGAGAAGGUGUGAUUCAGUGGAAAAGGUAAUCCAAGUGGAAGGUCAUGCGGGUGAGACACUUCCACGGUUAACUAUAAUGUACUUGGAAGAUCUACCUAUGCUUAGGCAUCUAUCUGGGUUGGGGCCAAUUCUUCAAAAUCUUCAGUCUCUACAAGUAUCUCGAUGUAGAAAUUUGAUAAAUUUGGUAUCACCUUCAAUGGCUAAAAGACUAGUGCAACUCAAAGAGCUGACUGUUGACUAUUGUGAUGAGGUGAAAGAAAUAGUUGAAAAUGAAGGAGGUGAAGCAACGGAUGAUGAGAUUCUUUUCACCAAAUUACAAAAACUGGAACUUUCUUUUUUACCAAAUCUGAAAAGCUUUUGCACAGCAAGAUACACUUUCAAAUUCCCAUGCUUGAUAGAAAUGCAGGUAAUAACAUGCCCUAAGAUGGAGUUUUUUUGCAAAGGAGACUCAAUCACAGAAAGGUUACAGAGAGUGGAGAUGGAUUAUUAUCACCAACGUUGGGAGAAUGACCUGAAUACUACCAUACAAAAGAUGUUUAUGGAGACGAAUGCCGAGCCUAUGGAAGAGGAUUUUGAAGAAUAUGGGGAUUUUGAAGAAUAUUGGGAUUUUAAGGAAUUGGAUCCCAAGGAAGAGGAUUCUGAGGAUGAAGUUCCUGAUGAAGAAGAUGAUGAGGAUGGGGAUUCUGAGGAACAGCAUCCCAAUGUAGAGGAUUCUGAAGGACGAAGUGGAUCCUUGGGGCCAAGAUCCUGAUAAGAAAGACUAAGUUCAACUUUUCAUAUGCAAAACAAAGAAAGGGUUUUCCUUCUACAUGGUACAUAUAUAUAUGCAGAAUUUGGCUUCAUUUGAGGACAUGUAUUGAUACCAUCCCAGUCAGAGAGAUGCUGCCAAUGAAUUGUUCAUCAGUCUCUUUUGUAUGUUUUGCUUUAUGAUGCCAUAUCUGUAAGUUGCUAAUGCUACCUGCUGGCACUUAAGAGACCAUUCAACUGCUUGUGGUUCAAAAUAUGUAUCUGAGAUUAAGCUUUUGUGCACAUUUGACUUUAUUUGCAUUAUUCUUGUGUACGUGUAUUAAUGUUAUAUAACCAAGCUUGUUAGGACCUUUCAUAUUCAUUC